AUGUGGUUCAGGCUGCAUGUUCGGCGGCCAGUGCGGCGACUCCUCCCGUUCCUCGACCCGUUCAUCACCGUAGACAUUGCCAGCAUCCGCUACGACUUGACGGACAAGAUCAAGUCGAACGACGCGUUCGAGGAGGUGAAGGCCUACCUGAGCACGGCCUGCUCGCGCGAGGCGCGCCAGCUCUGUGCCGAGGGCGCCGCCGACGGCAGUGGCUUCGUGAUCAGCCUGCGGGACGGGGAGGAGGUGGCCGACGAGUUCCGGGGCAUUACCAUAUGGUGGUCGGCAAUGCCGGAAGGAAAUAAUGGCCAGAGGUGCUGCCGGCUGACAUUCCACGAGCGGCACCGGAAGCUCGUCGUCGACGAGUACCUUCCGCAUGUACGCGAGAGCGGCCGCGAUGCCAUGUCUGGCAACCGACGCCGCAGGCUCUACACCAACAAGAAGCAUAUCACCUACUCUACUAGCCGGAAAGAUGUGUGGAGCUACAUUGACUUCGACCAUCCAACCACGUUCGACACGCUCGCCAUGAACCCUACCAAGAAGCAGAAGAUCAUCGACGACCUCGAUGACUUCCGCGGCAGCAAGGAGUACUACCGUCGCAUCGGCAAGGCAUGGAAGCGUGGCUACCUCCUAUACGGCCCGCCAGGCACAGGCAAGUCCACAAUGAUCGCCGCCAUGGCCAACUACCUCAACUAUGACAUCUACGACAUCGAACUGACCACGCUGGCCGACAACAACGACCUGCGCAAACUUUUCAUCGAGACGACGGGCAAGUCGAUCAUUGUCAUUGAGGACAUCGACUGCUCCCUUGAUUUGACUGGCAGCCGCGCGAUGACCUUGCCAACACCAAUGACUGAUAAUAAGAAGCGCAAGUGGGACGACAGCAUAUUGACCUUGUCUGGACUUCUUAACUUCAUCGACGGGCUCUGGUCGUCAGCGCACAGCGGGGAGCGGAUAAUCGUGUUCACGACCAACCACCUGGACAAGCUCGACGCUGCGCUGAUCCGACGAGGGAGGAUGGACAUGCACGUGGAAAUGUCAUAUUGUCAGUUCGAGGCGUUCAAGACGCUGGCCAAGAAUUACCUCGGUGUGGACGCGCACCCGCUGUUCGACACCAUCAAGGAGCUGCUACAGACGGUGCAGAUAACCCCGGCGGAUGUCGCUGAGUGUUUGAUGGCGUCCAAGCGCAACACCGGUAACGUGGACUCUUGUAUCAGCCGUCUAAUCGACGAGCUGAGGAAGAAGAUCAGAAAAAACAAAACGUCCGAUGAUUAUGAGGACAGGUAUGAUAAGACACAGGAAGAUCAGCAGGAGAAGGAGGGUGCUCCAUUGAAAAGAGCCAAGAAGGAUAACGUUGAUGCCAUCUUGGAAAGCCUGGACAACGGAAGAGCUAGCAGUCUGAGCUCUGGACGUUCUUCUUUUUCUUCUGCUUCUUCUUCUGCUGGGUCUGAUGAUAAUAACUAG